CCUCGUCUUCCCCUGCCCGCCCGCCCGCUCCGGCUUCCCCCAAAUUUCCCCAGCAUUUGCCUUCGCAUUCGCGUUUGAUUUCCCCCCAAGUCCACCCCCGAACCCCAACCGCCUGCCUCCGCCCCCACCCUUCCCAUGGCGUCCCCCUCCCUCGCCGCCGCGGCCGCCAGCCCCGCCACCUCCCCGCUAACCCUAGACGCCAUCCCCCUCGCCUCCCGCCCCCCGCCCGCCGCCGCCGCCCCGCGGAAGCGUCCGGUCCUCCUCCUCGACACCCGCCCGCACCCCGCCUCCCCGACGCCCCCGCUCCUCUCCUCCACCGCCGCCGGCGCCGCGGCCGCGGCCGCCGCCCCGGCGCACGCCCGGCGGAAGAAGCCCUCCCACCCGCCCAAGCCGCGGUGGCAGACCGUGCUCAGCGUCGCCGCGAAGAACGCCGCGCUCCUCGCCGCGCUGCUCUACCUCGGGGACCUCGCCUGGCGCUGGUCCCACCCGCCUCCGCCCUCCCCGCCGCCCGACCGCGCCGCGCUCGAGGGCUACGCCGCGCGCGUCGACGAGGUCGAGGCCUCCCUCUCCCGCACGUUCCGGAUGGUGCAGGUGCAGCUCGAGGCCGUCGACCGCAAGAUCGACGGCGAGGUCGGCGCCGCCAGGGCCGACCUCGCCGCGCUGCUGGAGGAGAAGCGGCUCGCGCUCGAGGGCGGGCUCGCGCGGCUUGACGCGAGGGCCGACGAGCUCGGUGACGCGCUGGCAGGGCUCGGGCGGAUGGAGUUCCUCAGGAAGGACGAGUUCGAGAAGUUCUGGGAGGAGGUGAAGGGCAGCCUGGCCUCGGGUUCCGGGAGUGAGGUCGAUCUGGACCAGGUCCGCGCCCUGGCCAGAGAGAUCGCCAUGAGGGAGAUUGAGAAGCAUGCCGCAGAUGGCAUCGGCAGGGUCGACUACGCUGUGGCGUCGGGUGGGGGAAGAGUUGUCCGCCACUCGGAGCCCUAUGUGCCUAAACGUGGUAUCUUGAAUGGGUGGCUGGGUGGAGGUAAUGCUGACCCUCAAAAGAUGAUUCAGCCGAGCUUUGGGGAGCCUGGCCAAUGCUUUCCCUUGCAGGGCAGCAGUGGGUUCGUGGAGAUCAAGCUAAAGACGGGGAUAAUCCCUGAGGCAGUCACUCUUGAGCAUGUCUCCAAGGAUGUGGCAUAUGACAGGUCCACAGCUCCAAAAGGUUGCCGGGUGUAUGGAUGGUAUGACGAGACGCCUGGUGAGACCCAGUCAGGUCAUGCUGCCAAGAUGGCUGCCCUGGCAGAGUUCACAUACGACCUGGACAAGAACAAUAUUCAGACAUUUGAUAUUACAGCCCCACAUGUAGGCAUGAUCAAUAUGAUCCGGUUGGAUUUCACUUCGAACCAUGGAAGCUCGCUGCUGACAUGUAUCUACCGCCUCCGGGUGCAUGGUCAUGAGCCUGUCUCUCCAGGCACCGCAGGCUUUCAGGCGUGAGAACAGUGAGGGAAUGUUUUCAGUAUGCUUUAGGGCUUCUCUUUUUGCCCAUCUGGUUUAGCCCUAGGAUGCUGUCAUGUACAAACUGUAAAUCUAACAAUUGUUUGCUGGAACCUGGUAACUUCCUAGUCCAAGGGCAUGUGGCAGAUGUUUAGUUUGUGCAUUAAAUGGAUAUGGAUGUCCAAGAGCCUUUUGUCC